CCCGCUGCCGCCGCCGCCGCCGCCGCGCUCGGCCAGUGAGGCGGAGGCGCGCCUGCGCACCGCCGGCCCUUCCCCGCCUUCGUCGUCACGGAGCGCGCCUCGCCCCUCCUCGGCUCGCCCUCCUCCUUCGCCCGCCCGCCCGCCCGCCCGCCCGCGCGCACGCCGCCGCCGCCCCACUACGGAGCCGGGAGACGCCGCCAUGGCCGACAACGCCGCCGCCGCCGCUGCCGCCGCCGCCGCCGCCGCGGGCGGGCUGGAGAACCACCGCCUGAAGAGCUUCAAGAACAAGGGCCGCGACGUGGAGACUAUGCGAAGACACAGAAAUGAAGUGACAAUUGAACUUCGGAAGAGCAAAAGAGAUGAGCAUCUGUUGAAAAAAAGAAAUGUACCCCAAGAAGAAAGUUUAGAAGAUUCAGAUGUUGAUGCUGAUUUCAAAGCACAAAACGUAACCCUAGAAGCUAUAUUGCAGAAUGCCACCAGUGAUAAUCCUGUCAUCCAGCUCAGUGCUGUCCAAGCUGCCAGAAAGCUGUUAUCAAGCGACCGAAACCCUCCUAUUGAUGACUUAAUAAAAUCUGGAAUUUUACCCAUCUUGGUGAAAUGUUUAGAAAGAGAUGAUAACCCUUCCUUGCAGUUUGAGGCUGCAUGGGCCCUGACCAACAUCGCAUCGGGCACUUCUGCACAGACUCAAGCAGUUGUGCAAUCUAAUGCGGUGCCUCUCUUCUUAAGACUGCUGCAUUCGCCCCAUCAAAAUGUUUGUGAACAGGCCGUGUGGGCUCUUGGGAAUAUUAUUGGUGAUGGUCCCCAGUGUAGAGAUUAUGUCAUAUCACUGGGAGUUGUCAAACCUCUUCUCUCCUUCAUCAAUCCUUCCAUUCCCAUCACCUUCCUUCGGAACGUCACAUGGGUCAUUGUAAAUCUCUGCAGGAAUAAGGACCCCCCACCGCCUAUGGAGACCGUUCAGGAGAUUUUGCCAGCCUUGUGUGUUCUCAUAUACCAUACAGAUAUAAAUAUUCUUGUGGACACUGUUUGGGCUUUGUCCUACCUGACGGAUGGCGGCAAUGAACAAAUACAGAUGGUGAUAGAUUCAGGUGUCGUACCUUUUCUAGUUCCUCUUCUGAGUCAUCAGGAGGUCAAGGUUCAGACAGCAGCACUGAGAGCAGUUGGCAACAUAGUCACCGGGACCGACGAGCAGACGCAGGUUGUUCUCAACUGUGAUGUCCUGUCUCACUUCCCAAAUCUCUUGACACAUCCGAAAGAGAAGAUAAACAAGGAAGCAGUUUGGUUCCUUUCCAAUAUCACGGCAGGCAAUCAGCAGCAAGUUCAGGCCGUAAUAGAUGCUGGGCUUAUUCCGAUGAUCAUUCAUCAGCUGGCCAAGGGAGACUUUGGCACACAAAAGGAAGCUGCUUGGGCAAUUAGCAACUUAACAAUAAGUGGAAGAAAAGAUCAGGUUGAAUACCUCGUACAGCAGAGUGUGAUCCCGCCCUUCUGUAACUUGCUAUCAGUUAAAGACUCUCAGGUGGUGCAGGUGGUUUUGGACGGGCUGAAAAACAUCCUAAUAAUGGCUGGGGAUGAGGCUAGCACAAUAGCAGAGAUCAUUGAAGAAUGUGGAGGUCUAGAGAAAAUUGAAGCACUGCAGCAACAUGAGAAUGAAGACAUUUAUAAACUAGCGUUUGAAAUAAUAGAUCAGUAUUUCUCUGGUGAUGAUAUUGACGAAGAUCCCAGCCUCAUUCCUGAAGCAACGCAAGGAGGUACUUACAACUUUGAUCCAACGGCUAAUCUUCAAACAAAAGAAUUUAAUUUUUAAGCUGAAUACAAAUGCAGUCUGUCCCACACCAAUAAGAUGUUACCACCAGAUGGCUACCAUUAAAAAAAAAAGGUUCCAAGCAUAUGCCUUUUUGUCUGAUGCUUCUAAAGCAAGUCAUAUAUCGGUCACUUUGCAGUUGCCAAAAGUCACUGUCACAUGGACUGUAAAUGCGUUAUGCAUGAUCUCAUAAACAGUUGUUUUAGGAUUUUUUAAUGGCCCCUGCUACCUUUCCUCUUUUUUAUGUUUGCCUUUUUUUCCCUGGUGCCACAUACUGAGAAACCACAACCUGCAGUUUUAUUGUGAGUAUCCCUUUAGUGGUGGCACGUGGCCUUUCCACAGAGGAGGAGCUUCCUUUGGACACGAGCGGGCCCUGUGGAGAUCAGGAUUUUUCAGUAAGAUGUCGCUUACAUUUGGGAAGACUUUUGGGAGGCACAAUUUAUUUUUUUUAGCCUCCACCAUUGUGCUCAACAAACAUAUUUUCAUAUAUUUCAUGUGGAGGAAUAAAUAAAAGAAAAAUGCAAGUUCAAAUUAUUUUCAUUGGUGAAACUGAAAUUAGAAAAAAAGAACUUCUUAAAGAACAUGAUGAUUGAUUACAGGUUAAAAACAGACGUCUCAACCAGUAAUUGUGUUUUAUUACUGCCUCAGAAACUUGGGAAUUGAAGAAUGAACUUUUAGAUUUGGACUUGUAAAACAUGGCCUAAUUUUUUUGAGAACAGCAAGUUGUACUUGACGGCCACUUUCCAGCCUGUGUGUUCCUGCUGUUUUUGAAGUAAUGAAGUGCUGUGCAUGGUAUUUUACCUGAGUUACAACCUGUUACAGACUUGAACUUCUGUUUAUAGCUGAAAGCAAAAGGGUCCCAGGUGAGAGAAAAAAAAACCUGCCCCAAACAAGCAUUGGUUCAUGAAAAUCUUGCUUUCAACUUUCGGUAGUCAAUAUUUUUGGGGGGUUUAAAUUUAUAAUUGAACAACGUUGAUUUAUAUUUUGGGUUAAAACUGUGGAGCUUUUCAUGUUUACUGUAAUUUAGUCUUAAACUAUUUUUACUUGCCAGUGCUUUUGAUGAUGUGGUUGGCAACGAACUAGCAACUCUUUUUAGAAGCAUCAUAAAAGCUUCAUUCUUGGAGUAUUGGAAGAAGAAUAAUAGAAAAUUUAGUCUAUAAACCUGUUUCACAUAGUUAAAGAUACAUACUAGUUGUGUGAGGCUUUGUGGAAGCGGCUGUGGUUCAGCCUAAGCAUUAAUUCAUGCAGCUCAGGAUGAAUGAAUUGAUAUGAGCUGGUAACAUAGGAGAUCGGUAGUUAAUGGGGAAACUGUCCAGCCUGGCUAUUUUUAGAAGGAUUUGGGAUUGCUGUGGGUAAAAAGUGAAAUUUAAACUCUGUUCGCUGUCACACAAACUGGUAUUGUUGUUGCUGUUCACUGGAUGUACUUUCCCAAUGCCUUGAUGUGAAGGGAUACAAAAAACUGUAAAGCUAAUGUAAUUAUUGGAUGUGGGUUGUAUUUACUGUGAUGAAGAUGAGGACAGAUGCCAUCAAAGCUUUUCCACUGACAAGCCAGACAUUGCAGGUGUUCAUUCAUUAGAUAUAUCUGCACAGGUGGAGCCACUUCAAAGAGUGAGUUGUCUUGUAUCUUAAAAGGAUACAGGUAUGUGUCUUAAACUGCAAGAUUUUUACUUGCUAGAUGAUCUGUUUUAAUAUAGUGGUUUGGCCUCUAUUUAUAGGUUUUAUAAAUUUUGAAAAUCAAUUUCUCUUUAAGGUGGCUCAGACUUUUCAACUCUUGUGCACAUAAAAUUGAGUUGAAAUUCAUUGUGCCUUUUCUUUACCCAGAUGUUAAGUUAAUUUGGUAACCUGUGUCCGGUCCACAUGUCGUCUAAGAUCCUGACAUUUUGUUGUUUGCUUUAAAAAAAAACACUUAUCAAAACAGAGUUAGAUACGGUCACCGUUUUGGGGAUUUCAAAGGAGACAUGCAGCUAAUGGCAUGAGCAAACCUCUUCCCUGCCCCCUCCCUUUUAAAUAGUAAAUCCAUGCUCAGUGUCCUAGAGAUUACAUUCAAAAUGAGAUUAAUUAUUUUCUGCUACUGUGGUGAUGGAGCUCCCAUUGCACUCAGUGCGUAGAGACAAGCAUAGGAAAAUUGAUAAAAGUGGUAACAUUCUCAGUCCUUAUCGGUUCUUGAUUGGGAUUCAGCCAUUUCAUAGCUAGUAAAGGAAGCAGACGUUUGGAUGCAGAGACCGUGCUGCGUGAGCAGAAGGGGCUGUUCCCGGUGCAGCACCCUGCAGUCUGGCCUAGGGGAAUCCCUUCCAUUCAUGCAGUGGGAUCUCGGGAUCCAAGCGAAAAGUAUAUUUGCUGCACUUUUUAAGUUUUCAAAACAGUGUUUAAAAAUUGCAUUGUGUUUAUUAUUUUUUUAAACGUAUCAGUUAAUAGAUUUAAAUCAUUCUUUCAAAAGAGGCAUCUAAAUGUGUUCCUAAUUUUGUAUAUGGGCUUAGGUUUUAUAACCAAUAAAAAGCUGCUAUCGAA